CUGUGUUUUGUUCAUUCUCACUCGCCACCCGCUAGGGUUCACUUUCGUUCUCAAUCGAUUGUUAGGAUUUCUGUCAUUUCUCAAAAAUUUUAAGCUUGUAAGCAAGAAUUCAUGAUUCGUGAGUCUCUCACUAGCUAGAAAAGUGAGAUGGCUUUAUUGGAAGGUGAACAUCUACCGAAAGCUGACGAUGACAGAGAGGAAGGUAUGUUAUCAAAGAUUGUAAGUUCUGAGAAUGUUGUGGAUAACGUCAAUGUAUCUAUAGGUAGGGGAAAUGUAGUUGGUGUUGAUAUAAACCCAGAAAAGAGUAAAGAAAUUAAGGUUUCUCUGAAGCAUGAUGUACCGAUUCAAGUUCUUGAUGAUGAUUCUAGGCUUCCAGAUGUUGUUUUGGAACAGGGAAAUCUAGAAAUGAAAUCUUCUAUGAGAAGUGAAAACUUACCACAGAGAUUAAGUGUCGGUGAAUUGAAUGCAAAGAUGGUUGAAUCUGAUGGAUCUCACUUUGAUUCAAAGAUUUCCAUCUAUGAUGAGUUUUCCGCUUCAGGACCAAGUAAAGCCUUGGUAAGAACACCUCAAUUUUCUAUGGGCCAUCAUUAUGAAGUUGGAGAUCUAGUUUGGGGAAAGGUGAAAUCACAUCCAUGGUGGCCUGGACAUAUAUACAGCGACACAUUUGCUUCCCCUGCAGUUCGAAGAACAAAAAGACCCGGUCAUUACUUAGUUGCUUUCUUUGGUGAUAGUAGUUAUGGAUGGUUUCCUACAGAGGAGCUUGUCCCCUUUGAACCUAAUUUUGAUGAGAAAUCGCAGCAGACAAACUCAAGAAAUUUUGUUAAAGCUGUUGAAGAAGCUGUUGAUGAGAUUAGACGCAGAAGUGGUAUGGGCUUGUCAUGCAGAUGUAGAAACACAUAUAAUUUCCGCCCUACUAAAUUUGAAGGAUAUUUUUCUGUUGAUAUCAAUGGGCAUGAAUUGGGUGGAAUUUAUUCUAUGAAUCAGAUUGAGAAGGCAAGGGACUUGUUACAGCCUAAAAAAACACUUGACAACAUUAAAAUCGCAGCACAAAUGCCUUUAGAUGUUGAUUAUCAUGACAUUAGAGUGAUACAUAAUAAUGCUGCUACAUUUGCUUAUCGGAGAUCUGUAUAUGAAGAGUUUGACGAGACAUAUGCUCUAGCAUUUGGUCAGAAGCCAAUUCAUCGUCCUCCCAUAUCGUCCGACACCAUUGCUCAGACAGACAGGGAAAUCAGAGCUCCAUUGAGUGGUCCCCUGGUCAUUCCAGAAGCCAUGGGAAAGAAAAAGAGCUCCCCCAAGCUUAACAAAGCAAAGGAAACAAUCAAAGACAAAUUCCUAUUCAAACGAAGAGAUGAGCCAAAUGAACAGAAUACAAAACCGAAUCAGCAGAUGGAAAAUUCAAAUUCGCCCCCACCUAACACAGAAAGAGUGUCUUCUGUCCAGACACCAGUAGAAAAACCGUCUUCAAGUGAAAGAGAGAACACUGAUUCCAAAUUGAAGACUAAGAAAACCAAGGUUUUCAAAAGACCCGUUACAGAGAUCAAAGUUGAGAAGAAAUCUGUUCAAUUGGGAGAAAUGAAGAAGAAACGGAAGAAGAUGGAGAUGAGCUCCGAACCCAAUAAGGAAGCAGCAACGGUUCAAAAAGAAAAACCUGUUCCCGAACUCACUAAGGAAGCAGCAACGGUUCAUAAAGAAAAGCCUGUUCCAGAACCCAAUAAGGAAGCAGCAACAGUUCAUAAUGAAAAGCCUGUUCCCGAAAUAGUAAUGCAAGACUCGACACAGUCAGGUAAUCAAAAUCUGAAGCUUCCGGAAUUGCUUAGAAGCUUGGAAGGUCUAGCCAAUGACCCAUUUUACAAUUCAGACACAUAUUCUCCUAAAACAGUUAAAGAUGCUUUCUUGCGAUUCCGAUCCCAUGUUUACCAGAAAAGUGAAUCUCCUCUAAGUGUUAAAUCGGAAUCGGAACACCCAAAACCACUUAUCAGUAGACCAGACGACCCAACAAAAGGUGGAAAGAAACGUGAACCGUCGGAUCGCCUGGAGGAAUCAUCAUCAAAGAGGGUAAAGAAAAUCAACGAUUUAAAAACCGCGAUCACAAGACCACCACACGCAAAGCCAGCUGAGCGCACAAAGCCAGCCGAGCGUCCACCGAGGGUUCGUGAACCCACAGCACUGGUGAUCAAAUUCCCUCCCCAUUUCUCCCUCCCAUCAUCAUCCGAACUCAAGGCAAGGCUAUCGCGAUUCGGACCGUUGGAUCAUCUUGGGACCCGCGUCUACUACACUACGCAGACAUGCAGAGUCGUUUUCCUAUUUAAAUCCGAUGCCAUGGCGGCGAAUAAUCAUCUGUCUGGAACUAGUCGCCUGUUUGGAAACGUACAAGUAAUGUGCCAUCUUCGUGACAUGGCGACGCAAAUGGCCGAACCGGAACCAAACAAGACCUUAACUGAAGACACGACAUCGAAUGAGCCUCUCAAGUCUUGCCUGAAGAAGCCUCCCUCGGACGAGGCGGGCGACAUGGCAAAAGGGAGGUCUCGUGUAAAAUUCAUAUUGGGUGGGGAAGAAACGAGUCGUAAUGCUAAUUUUCCCAGAACCGGUACUAUUUCAUCGUCUACUGCUAUUUCAUUUUCUGGUGAUUUCGAUGGUAAUACUACUACUACUUUUAUUAACAAACCUGUUUCUUCAUUGUUACCGCCUGCUGUGAGUUAUACUUUACCGCCCCCUCCCCCUCUCCCGACUAUUUCACCAAUUCCAAACGCACCUUUAUCCCAAAAUAUGCAAGUUAAUGUUGUUGAUGUCCCGGGUUCGUCGAAGAAAGUGGACAUUGCGCCGCAGAUGCUCGGGCUUUUGGCUCAAUGCAGCGACGUGGUGGCCACGCUUCGCAACCAUUUUGGUUACAUUCCGCAUCACCCGCUUUGAUAAAGAGAGUAAUUAUCAUCUGGGAUUUUAAAGUGGAUUGUUUGGAGUUUCGAUUAGUGUCAAUCAAACAAACGGGAACUGGGAUUUAUGGGUGCAAAGACGUAAAUGAAGGAAUAUGAAGCGAAUUAAAAGAAAGAAAAACAAAUCGGGAUAGUGGAGGAGGAUCGAUCCAGAAAGAUUAUACUCAAGACAAUAUUGAAAUAAUACUUUCUUUUUAGUCUUCUUCAGAUGGAACUAGAUUGCUUAAUUUCAUGUUAUUCAUGGAUAAUGUACAAAUUCUGCCCAUCUUACAUGACGCUUUUAGUAGUGUUGUAUGGA